CUGAUAAACCGGCUCAGCGGCUCCGGACUUGCUGUGGUUUGCAGCCCGAGCCUGUGACUGGGGGCGGUCCUUGAAGAAGGGCGACCCCAGCUCGCCCAAGCCAGCCAGCUCGUGUGCCCCUGGCCAUGGCGGCGCCGUCCAGGCUCCUGAUCCGCGGGGGUCGCGUGGUCAACGACGACUUCUCGCAGGUGGCCGACGUGCUGGUGGAGGACGGCGUGGUGCGGGCUCUCGGUCGCGACCUACUGCCGCCUGGGGGCGCGCACGCCGGGCUGCGGGUCAUCGACGCGGGGGGCAAGCUCGUGCUGCCAGGCGGCAUCGACACGCACACGCACCUGCAGUUCCCCUUCAUGGGCACAAGGUCCGUCGAUGAUUUCCACCAAGGCACCAAGGCUGCCCUGGCAGGAGGCACCACCAUGAUCAUUGAUUUUGCCAUUCCUCACAAAGGCGGUUCCCUCAUCCAGGCCUUCGAGACCUGGCGAAGCUGGGCUGACCCCAAAGUCUGCUGCGACUACAGCCUUCACGUAGCAGUGACAUGGUGGAGUGACCAGGUUAAAGAAGAGAUGAAAACCCUUACCCAAGAGAAAGGUGUGAACUCUUUCAAGAUGUUUAUGGCGUAUAAAGAUCUGUAUAUGUUGAGAGAUCCGGAGCUGUACGCGGCCUUCUCUCGGUGCAAGGAAAUUGGAGCAAUCGCUCAGGUCCAUGCGGAGAACGGAGACCUUAUUUCAGAGGGAGCAAAGAAGAUGCUGGCAUUGGGGAUAACAGGCCCCGAGGGCCAUGAGCUGUGCCGGCCAGAAGCAGUGGAGGCAGAGGCCACGCUGAGAGCCAUCACCAUCGCCAGCGCCGUGAACUGCCCUCUCUACAUCGUGCACGUGAUGAGCAAGUCUGCAGCAAGGGUGGUAGCAGAUGCAAGGAGAGAUGGGAAGGUGGUCUACGGAGAACCCAUAGCAGCAAGUCUGGGCACAGAUGGCACUCACUACUGGAAUAAAGAAUGGCACCAUGCAGCCCACCAUGUUAUGGGUCCACCCUUGCGACCAGACCCUUCAACGCCUGACUACCUCAUGAAUCUAUUGGCUAAUGAUGAUCUAACCACAACAGGGACUGACAACUGCACUUUCAACACCUGCCAGAAAGCCCUGGGGAAGGAUGAUUUUACUAAGAUUCCCAAUGGGGUGAAUGGUGUUGAGGACCGGAUGUCAGUAAUAUGGGAAAAAGGCGUGCAUUGUGGUAAAAUGGACGAAAACCGAUUUGUGGCAGUUACCAGCACAAAUGCAGCUAAAAUCUUUAAUCUCUAUCCAAGAAAAGGAAGAAUAGCUGUAGGAUCAGAUGCUGACAUUGUGAUUUGGGACCCAACAUCCACGAGGACUAUUUCAGCAAAGACUCAUCAUCAGGCUGUUAACUUCAAUAUCUUCGAAGGCAUGGUGUGCCAUGGGGUGCCCCUAGUGACCAUUUCCAGAGGCAAAGUGGUGUAUGAAGCUGGAGUUUUCAAUGUCACAGCAGGAGAUGGGAAGUAUAUUCCUCGCAAACCAUUUGCUGAAUAUAUUUACAAACGGAUCAAACAGCGAGACCAGACUUGCACACCUACCCCUGUGGAGCGUGAACCCUAUAAGGGAGAAGUCAUUACAUUGAAAUCGAGAGGGACAAAAGAAGACUCCACAGCUGGGACCAAGAAAUAGACCCACCCCUGACCUGGGUGCUAUUGUCAGAGAAAAGGAUGCCGCUGUUCCCAUCACAGUUAAACGUUGUCAGCCAUGGAGAAGCAGGCUUUACUUCAACUCCCCAAGAUCCUUUUGAAAAAAUAUCGCUCCUGGCCUCUUUGAUAUCCUUUCAGAAGCAAUUGCUGUCGUUCUCACCGUGACUUUGCAGCUGUGUAAGAUUGAAGAUAUAAAUGAAUACUAUUGUGACGGCGAGUCUGUGUGAAGGUUCAUUGAUGACACUUCAAAAUGUCAUUUUUGCUUGUGCUAGAUUUCUUUGAAUUUUUAAAAAUCACUUUUUUGGUUAAAGUUUUGUUUUAAUGGCUGCAUUUGUUGAAAAUUGCAAACUCUGAUUUUACAUUCUAUUAUAAUUAAUAAACAUUUAGAUCUUCAUUUUA